AUGGCUCAGUCUAACCCUACAAUUCUCACUCUUCAAAGCCACCCUCCGCCAAAUCUGGCGCCCCCUGCAUCGGACCCAUCUAUCUAUCAAGCUCAUCAUGCCGCCUUUGCGGCAGAAGGACAGCCGACUACAACGGCUGGGUGGCUGGAGCGUGCACGUAAGGUGUCCAACAUCCUUGCCCCGGAUGCUUCGGCCAGGAGCAAAGAGCAAAAGACACCACGGGCUGAGGUUGCUUUGCUGAAGAGCUCCAGUCUAACCAAAGUACUGGGCGAUGUAAAGUACGGCGGUGGCGGGGAGAGUUGGGAAACUGGGUACCAAGUUAUUCGGGAGGUUGCUGCGGGGGAUGGAUCGAUCGGUAUGUUAUUAGGAUACCACCUCCUCUGGUCUGUUACGGCACACAUCGUGGGUACCGACGAACAGAAAGAGCGUUAUGAGAAAUUGAUCAUUGAGAACAACUAUUUUCUCGGAGGAGCCGUAAACCCUCGCGAUAACGACAGUAGAAUCACUCGUGCACCAUCUGGUGACGGUCUUGUAUUCAACGGGUUCAAGAACUUCAGCACAGGAGGUGUAGUCUCAGAUCUCACUGUACUAGAAGGAAUCUAUGAAGACACGGAGGGGCAUAUAUUCGCCAUCGUUCCAACCGACCAGCCGGGCAUUGUCUUCUCCCACAACUGGAACAAUAUUGGACUCCGUCUCACAGAAUCCGGCUCAGUCAAGAUCCACAACGUUCCCAUCGCCUGGGAAGAUGCUUUAGGGUGGUCGAAAGAAACAAAAGCACCCAUACCUGAAGUCCUCCAGGCUUCCUUCGCCGCUCUGCUCUUGCCCACUAUCCAACUUGUUUUCUCUAAUUUCUAUAUUGGAAUCGCACACGGUGCUCUCCGAACAGCAAGGCAUUACACUCUCACGCAAACUCGCGCCUGGCCUUUUGCUCAUGAGCCUAAAUCCAGUCCGACGGAUGAGCACUAUGUUCUUGCACGCUAUGGGAAGUUGUUUGCCUCCUUGCGUGCGGCGGACGCGCUUGCUGAUCGCGCAGGGAAGGAGAUAGCAGAUGCGUUUAACGAGCAUGGGCCAAGGAGGGAUCUAUCUGCACGUAGACGGGGUGAGGUAGCGGAAUGGGUUGCCAGUGUAAAGAUUAUAGCUACUCAUACAUCGCUGGAGGUCACUAGUGGGGUCUUCGAGGUUACUGGGGCGAGAUCCACAGCAGAGAAGUAUGGCUUUGAUCGUUUCUGGAAGGAUGUGCGGACUCAUACGUUGCAUGAUCCUGUGGCUUACAAGGAGUCCGAGUUGGGACGAUUUUGGCUGCUGGAUGAGGUCCCAACUCCUACGUGGUACACUUAA